AUGGGCAUCGUGGAGGAGGCGCACAACCUGCGCGUGGUGGGCGAGGGCAAGCGCGGGGUCAUCGUGCUGGCGCACGGCUUCGGCACCGACCAGUCCGUCUGGAAGCACCUCGUGCCGCACCUCGUCGCCGACUACCGCGUCGUGCUCUUCGACACCAUGGGCGCCGGCCCCACCAACCCGGACUACUUCGACUUCGCUCGCUACGCCACGCUCGAGGGCUACGCGCUCGACCUCCUCGCCAUCCUCCAGGAGCUCGGCGUCCAGUCCUGCAUCUACGUCGGCCACUCCGUCUCCGCGGUCAUCGGCGCCAUCGCCUCCAUCUCCAGGCCCGACCUCUUCACCAAGCUCGUGCUCCUCUCCGCGUCCCCAAGGUACCUCAAUGAUGUGGACUACUAUGGUGGGUUUGAGCAAGAUGAGCUCGAUGAGCUGUUUGAGGCGAUGCAAUCAAACUACAAGGCCUGGUGCUCAGGUUUUGCACCCCUGUGUGUUGGAGGAGAUAUGGAAUCAGUGGCAGUUCAGGAGUUUAGCAGGACACUCUUCAAUAUACGUCCGGACAUUGCACUUAGUGUUGCCCAGACGAUCUUCCAGAGCGACGUGCGCAGCCUCCUCCCUCUUGUUAGUGUCCCAUGCCACAUUGUUCAGAGCACCAAGGAUCUCGCGGUGCCAGUUGUGGUGUCUGAGUACCUGCACAAGCACCUUGGUGGCGACUCCAUUGUGGAGGUGAUGCCCUCUGAAGGCCAUCUCCCCCAGCUGAGCUCUCCAGACAUUGUAAUCCCUGUCUUACUCCGACACAUUCAGCAUGACAUUGCAGUCUAG